AUGCUUCCUGCUGCCAUCUCUUGUUCAUUCACUUUCAUGUUGCGCGUCGCUACUCCACCAAAUGCAAUUGUAUUUGCUGAUGGACACCUCAAAGUCAAGGACAUGGUAUGUAACAUAGAUUGCAAUCAAAGAGGUUUUCUAUUGACUACUCAUUAAAAUUUGGUGUCGCCUUAAUCCAUUACAGUGCCGACCAAAAUAAAGCCAAUGGUUCUUGGGAUGGUCUUUCAUAAAGGUCCCAUUCUUUGGAACUUUAUGACGGUGUUUGCUUCACUGUCUUUGUCAUUAGUUUAUUGAAUUCCUAGUUACUAUCAUGGCUCCUUUGCUUUUGCAUUGGAAUGUUUUGUGACUGGCUGCUAGAAGAAUCACACCAUGGUGUUAACCAAUCAGAAAUCCAGCCAAAGCAAAUCAUAACUUGUAUGCACGUCGCAUUUUCCUACCCUUAGCACCUCCUAGCCAUUUGAUUGGUUCAUUGCAUAUGAAUUGUCUAUGCUUGCUGUUAUUGGCCAGGUUAAUAAAAAAUCUCACUAAAGCAAAGGUAAAAUUAAAAUACACUCUAAUGAAAACUGGCCCAGUCGCAAAGUCAACUGAGAAAUGAUUCAAAUACGACUCUUUUCUUUCGUCAGGCAAAAGCUGGUAUCGUAAUGAAUCUCCUAGCCGUGACGGUGCUGAUAAUUUGUGUCAGUACCUAUGUGGUCCCUAUGUUCAACUUAAAAACUUUUCCAGACUGGGCUGGAAAUGCUGGAAAAGCAGGAGGAGGCUCUGGCACCAGCUCUAAUGUCACGCUUGUAUGUCACAAUGUGACAACUGCAAUCGCUAACCUCACCUCAUCAUAGCGUGCACGCGCCUCUUUCAUGACAAUCAAACACGUGAUA